UGCUGCUUACCUUUCGUCGUUUCAUUUUCUUGAGUUGUUAGUGGAGCUUCAGCAUCCAAUCGCAUCGCUCGAUUUUGCUGCUUAUGAAUUUAAAUUGUAAAAAAGGAAGAAACGUGCGGGAUACAGUUUUUCUUCUCUUUUAGUACUUAUAAUUUUGUAUUUUUUUUUAAAGAAAAUGAGCAGGGAUACCAGGAAAAGUGAAGUUUUGGGAUCUACACUGCUUUGCAGCAUAAACACAGCUAUAGCGAGACUUAAGGAUAUUUGGAAUACCAUUGGCAUUGAAGAGGAAAUGAGGGUGCAAAGAAUGGAAACUGUAAAGAAGCAUACAGAAAACCUUUUCAAUGACAUGAUAAAAGAAGAAGAAAAUUUGCAAGAGCGGCUUGAAAAAAGUAUCCAGUAUUGUGAGAGGGAGUUAAAGGUUUUGUCUCAACAACUUUCUAUGGAAUUGCCCACAAUCGAUGAAAACCAGACUAUACUUCAGAAGGAAAAGAAUUUAAGCGUACUGCUCGAGUACUAUGCAUCAGAGAAGGAUGAAAGAAUGAGUGAACUGAAACAGCUAAAAGAACAAGAGGAGGAGUUGUGCAAUGACAUCUGCUCUACUCCUUAUUACAUUCCUACUGGAAGUAUCCCCACACGUCAGCAGCUGGAUGAACUAAAACAGUACAUUAAAGAACUUUCAGAAGAAAAGGCGCGCCGCUUUGUUGCAUUUACUGGACUAAGACAUCAGAUAAGGCAGAUUAUGAAAGAGAUUGGCCAGAUUCCUAACCCUAUUCUAGAAAAAGAGGCAGAAGAAGCAGUCUGUGAAGACGAGGAUGUUUUUCUACUCACAAAUGAAAACUUGAAAGCCCUUAAAGUGUUGUUUCAACAGUUGGAGAUAGCAAAGGAAUCUCUAGUAAGUACACGUAAUUCUCUCGAAAAUAAGGUGCGAGAAUUGUGGGUUCUUCUACAGGUGCCUCAAGAGGAGCAACAGGCUUUUGGAACUUCUGUUACUGGUUCCAUUGCUGAUGCAAUCAAAAAGUGGGAAAUGGAGCUCAGUAAUCUACAGGAGCUCAAGAAGCAAAACUUGAAGAAAUUCAUCGGAAAUAUCAGACAGGAACUUGGUAGCUACUGGGACAAAUGCAUGUUCAGUACCAAGCAGAGAGAAGCCUUCAGACCUUACUUUAAUGUGGAUAUUACUGAGGAUGUUUUGAAGGAACAUGAUGAAGAAUUACUGAAAAUUAAAAUGUAUUAUGAGAAAGGCAAGGACCUGUUCGAUGCCAUUACUAAAAGGGAAAGUAUUUGGAAACAGUUUUUGGAUUUGGAGAAAAAAGCUCGCGAUCCAAAUAGAUUUGCCAACAGAGGUGGAGCUUUACUGAAGGAAGAGAGGGAGCGAACUAGAGUGCAAAAGUUGCUGCCUAAGCUGGAAGAUGAAUUGAAAAUGUCAAUUGAAAAAUGGGAAGAGCAAAAUGGUUCAUCUUUCCUCAUCUAUGGGCAGAAAUUUGAUGACUAUGUGAAAAUACAGUGGGAUGAGCAUCAUCAAAAAGAACACAGGAAGCAAGAUAAGGGUGGGAAGAAUGACUCAAAUUUUAGAACUCCUCUGAAAAGACCUUUCCCUGGAUCUGCUCAGGUUACUCCCAGUAAGGCAAGGAAGGUAAAUGUACCAUCAAAUCAAAGUACAGUGAGAAGUGUUUCAAGCUCUAGCAAUAGUACUGUGGGAAGUGUUUCGCAAAAUUACAGCAAACCACCAUCUUCAGCUCGCAAGAGUCCCGUAAAAGCUGGAAUUCCAGAAAUUUCCCAAAGAACUCCUUUGCAAGAGACCAUGGUCAACCAGCAACGUGUUAAGUUUAAUAGUCCCCCUUCCAGCUACUCUGAAUUCAUGAGUGAACAUACAAAGAAAUCUUCAAGUUCAAGUGGUCUGCUCAACUCAACAGUUGAUGAGGAAAAGGUGUGACUUGGACUUAGGAAGACUGAAUAAUUCUGCCAAAGAAGAAAGUACUUUCUAGUUUGUUAUAUUAAUGUUGUAGCUGGGGUGCAAACUAAAUACCAGAUCAUUUGGCUUACUGGAGAAGCAUCAAGUUAUUUGGUAAAUGAUGCAAAAAUAUACUUUGCAGAUGUGCUUAGUUUUACUGUAAAAUAACUUUGCACUUUAAGUAUUAUAUACAGCAUUACACUGAGUAGAUCAUUUUAAAAAGUCUUAUCCAGUAUAAAACAUUGCACUUUCCUUCAGUACGUUUUUAAUCCUCUGGAGACUGAGCAGGUUAUGAAAUGCACAUUUUGAUUAUUCAGUUUCCCAUUUUAGAUGGUGUUCUUGUACUUAUCCUGUUUUGUUUGUACUUUUCCUGUUUUGUUUCACCUUGAAGUCUUUGUGCUGUGUAGAUAGUGAUGUAGUCUUUUGUUUUCCCCUUUAUGUUCGUGGUGGUUGGUUUACAUGCUGAACAAGAAGAUGACUGGUUAAAAAUUUGCAAGUGUAAGGUACACUUGCCUCCUACCACUCCAACACCAAUUGAAUCUGACUACUAUGUCUGCUGCUUGGGAUUUUGGUACUUUGCAUUCUAAUCACACUUGGUGUAUAAAAGGUGUUAGCCAGUGGCAUUAACUCUCAGAUGGUACUAGAUCUAAUUCCUUUCAAACAGCUUACACAAGGUGUUGAAUGAUACUUUACCACUCCUGUUUAUUUUGUUGCAACUGCUUUAAAAAAAUCAGCCCUACGUCUCUAGGAUUCUACUAGUAUACCUUCCCUGCAGUAGUUUGAAGUCUUGCGUUUCCAGAAGGCUUGUCAGCAUAUUUUGUACUGCACAAGAUCUCCAGAAUUAUGAGAACUAAUUAGUGUAUUUGUGUAUAUUGUCCAGAUUCUUGAGUUUCCUUGAGUUUCCUUACAGGUAGGAGACCAGUCUGAUGCACCAAAGUACCAACUCUUCCUAAAAGCUGAAAAUGUUAUUUUACAUGGUCUUCUGUGCAAUGCUAAUGCCUGUAAAUCACUCUGUGGGCAAUAUGUUAUUUGUGCCCAAACUGACCUGAUGAGAGCUUUCAUAGGAACAUGUUUUUUUCAUAGCCAAAUCUACUACAUACAGUGAACAGAGUUCAGUUGUCUUGUCUUGCCAUUAAUUUACAUUGUCAGCACUCUGGAGUUGUUACUGCUUUCACCUUCUAUUUCUGGAGUGUCAGUUUCUUAUUCAUUAAUUCACUUUGUUUUAUUAAGCUCCUGAGCAGUUUUUUAUGAGUUUUGAAUGCCCUGGAAGAGUUGCUGAAUUACUUUUAAACUUGUCUCAGGCUGAAAUGUGAAGUUGUACAUCACUCGGUGCUUUUACUAAGAUCUGACUGCCAGUUCUCACUUAGACUGACUUGGAAGCAUUUCCAAGUCUGUGUUUUUAAUCCCUUAAACAUGGUUGUGUCACAGUAUAUGACUGUUUCCUUGAAGCUGUAAAUGCUUGAUGCUGUAAAUCCGGUCUGCCCUUACUCAUUGAAUUCCCUUCUGUGUGAUGUGACAUACUCUGGUAUUUGACGCAUCAUGUUCACACAGGCUGCCAUAUCAAGUCAGACAAGAAAUGGGGGAAAAUUCUUAAAUUGUGUUUUUAGUUGUCAUUUUUCGGGGGAGAUUAAAGUGAAAAGCCUUUGGCAGUUGGGGUUUGACUUGACAGCUGGGUUAAGUUGCCCCUUAAGCAGGUAUAAAAAUGACAGGACCACUCUUGGCACACAUUACGUUAUCCCUGUUCGGCAUUAAUCUAGUUUAAAGCAUUGCUUUUAUUGAAGCAGUAGUAUAGCCCUUUAAAUAGAACAGUGCAACAUUUAAACCAUGUUCAUAAACAAGGGUGUGUAAAAUGCUUGGUUUGCCGACUCCUUAAGACAUUGUUCUGAGAUCACUGAAAAAAUAUAUCUGUAAAUUUGGUGUUUAUGGUUUUAACAUAUCUGUGUUUUUUUUUUUUAAUUUUCAAAAAAAGUCCACCAAAUGAAUUGUAAUUCCAGUUUCAUUGUGUGUAUAUAUUUAUAUGUAUAUUCCAUUUCAAUAAAUUAAUUGUUCAAAUA